AUGACAGCUCAAGUCUCAGACCCUCAGGGGAUCCCAGAGACUUCGACUAAGGAAGAUGAGAAGGAAUUGGGGGCCCCUGGCCCCAGAAGGGAUAAGUCAUGGCUGGAGCGGCACUUCUCCCUGCUCCUUCGUCGAGAUCGGCAAGCCCAAAAGGCCAGCCAACUCUUUUCUGGGCUCCUGGCACUCAAUGUGGUAUUCCUGGGGGGAGCCUUCAUCUGUAGCAUGAUCUUCAACAACGUGGCCAUCACCCUGGGUGAUGUCUGGAUCCUCCUGGCAGUGCUCAAGGUGCUCGCCCUCCUUUGGCUAUUCUACUAUGUGGUGGGUACCAUACGCCUGCCACACGCUAUCCUGUUCCGAGAUCCCCACGCUGGGCCUGUCUGGGUUCAGGGCUCCCUGGUGUUGUUCGGUAGCUGCACCAUUCUUCUCAAUGUCUUCCGAAUCGGCUACAUUAUCAGCCACAUCCACUGCAAGUCUGAGGUGGAAAUUGUCUUCCCCAUCAUCGAGAUUCUCUUCAUCAGUCUUCAGACCUAUGUGCUGUGGAGCCACAGUAAAGACUGUAUUCAGGUCCAGAUGAAUCUCACCAGGUGCGGACUGAUGCUAACUAUGGCUACCAACCUGCUCCUCUGGGUACUGGCCGUCACCAAUGACUCCAUGCAUCGGGAGAUCGAGGCCGAACUGGAUGCUCUCAUGGAAAAGCUCACAGGCAAUGAGACCAACACUUGCCUUUGCCUCAAUAUAACUAUAUGUGAAGUCUUUCAAAAGGGUUACCUGAUGCUCUACCCCUUCAGCACCGAGUACAGCCUCAUCUGCUGCGCCACCCUGUAUGUCAUGUGGAAGAAUGUGGGUCGAAAGUUGUCUCAUCACGUAACUGGUCCCGGUCGGCCCAACUUCCACCUCCAUGGGGCCAUCUUUGGUCCCUUGUUGGGCUUCCUAGUUCUAGUGGCAGGGGUCUGUGUCUUUGUCCUCUUCCAGAUCCAGGCCAGUGGCCCCUCCAUUGCUUAUCAGUACUUUACCCUUUACUAUGCUUUUUAUGUGAUUGUCCUGCCCAUCAUGACUCUGGCAUGCCUGAUGGGCACAGUCAUACAUGGUCUGGAAGAGCGGGAAAUGGACACAGUCAAGAAUCCCACUCGAAGCCUUGAUGUGGUACUUCUGAUGGGUGCUGCCCUGGGUCAGAUUGGUAUCUCCUAUUUUUCCAUUGUGGCUAUUGUGGCCACUGACGUCCAAAAGCUGCUCAACAGACUUAUCCUCGCCUAUUCAAUCCUCAUCAUCAUUCAGCACAUCGCCCAAAACCUCUUCAUCAUUGAGGGUCUGCACCGGCAGCCACUCUGGGACAGACCCAUUCAGGGCCAGAAUGAUAGGACAGAGGAGGAGUGCCCACCAGGGCUUCGCCGAGGAUCCAUGCUGGAGCUGGGCCAGGGCCUUCGUAGGGUAUCCCUGGCCUAUAUCCACAAUUACAGCCACCUCAACUGGAAGCGUCGAGUUCUUAAGGAAAUUUCCAUCUUCCUCGUCAUCUGUAAUAUCACGAUGUGGAUGAUGCCAGCAUUUGGCACACACCCUGAGUUUGAGAAUGGAUUGGAGAAAGAUUUCUAUGGCUACAGGACUUGGUUCACCAUUGUCAACUUUGGCCUGCCCCUGGGGGUCUUCUACCGAAUGCACUCCGUUGGGGGGCUGGUAGAAGUUUACCUUGGUGCCUGA